CUCUCGUCCUCGACUUUAUUUCCUAUAAUACCCCUCUCUUUCUCUUCCCCUAAUCCUUACUUUCUCCCCAAAUCACAAAUUCCAAAAUUCUCAAUUCCUUCGAAAAGCCUCCCUAAACACCUACUCUUUUGCGUUUCAUGGCCGACGAAGCCAAAGCCAAAGGCAACGCCGCAUUCUCAGCCGGCGACUUUACCGGCGCCGUCAAACACUUCACUCAAGCAAUCUCACUAGCCCCUUCUAAUCAUGUCCUCUAUUCUAACCGAUCUGCUGCUUAUGCCUCGCUGCACAACUACGCUGACGCGCUAGUCGAUGCAAAGAAAACCGUCGAGCUUAAGCCCGACUGGUCUAAAGGAUAUUCUCGCCUGGGCGCGGCUCACCUUGGAUUGCACCAAAUUCAGGACGCUAUCGCAGCGUAUAAGAAGGGGCUCGAGAUUGAUCCCAACAAUGAAGCGUUGAAGUCUGGCUUGGCUGAUGCUGAAGCGGCAGCUUCUAGGUCGCGAGCCGCGCCGCCGCCUAGUCCGUUUGGGGAUGCGUUCUCUGGACCUGAGAUGUGGGCGAAAUUAACGGCGGAUCCGUCAACGAGGAUGUAUUUGCAACAACCGGAUUUUGUUAAGAUGAUGCAGGAGAUUCAGAGAAACCCUAGCAAUUUGAAUCUGUACUUGAAAGAUCAGAGAGUGAUGCAAGCUUUGGGGGUUCUUUUGAACGUGAAAUUUAGAGCACCGAAUGCUGGAGACGAUAUGGAGGUGCCAGAGGCGGAGUCCCCUCCUUCCCAGUCGGAGAAAAACGCAGAGCCUGCGAAGGAGGAGAAGGCUCCUGAGCCUGAACCAGAGCCUAUGGAUGUUUCAGUAGAGGAGAAAGAAGCUAAGGAGAGGAAAGCUCAAGCAGUUAAAGAGAAAGAGUUGGGAAAUGCAGCUUAUAAGAAGAAGGAUUUCGAGACUGCAAUUGCACAUUACACUAAGGCAAUGGAGCUGGACGAUGAGGAUAUUUCAUAUUUGACAAAUCGUGCUGCUGUUUAUCUCGAGAUGGGCAAGUAUGAGGAAUGUAUAAAAGACUGUGACAAAGCUGUUGAGAGAGGAAGGGAACUCAGAUCAGACUUUAAGAUGAUAGCAAGAGCUUUGACAAGGAAGGGAACUGCCUUGGUAAAAAUGGCCAAGUGCUCAAAGGAUUAUGAUAUUGCUAUCGAGACAUUCCAGAAAGCUCUUACUGAGCAUCGCAACCCAGACACUUUGAAGAAACUAAAUGAUGCAGAGAGAGCAAAGAAAGAACUGGAGCAACAAGAAUACUUUGAUCCAAAAUUGGCUGAUGAGGAGCGUGAGAAAGGCAACGAGUAUUUCAAGCAACAAAAGUAUCCAGAGGCUGUGAAGCAUUACACAGAAGCUUUGAGAAGGAACCCGAAAGAUCCAAAGGUAUACAGUAAUAGAGCUGCAUGCUAUACUAAACUGGGAGCUUUACCCGAGGGAUUGAAGGAUGCAGAGAAAUGCAUUGAGCUUGAUCCAACUUUUUCAAAGGGUUAUACGAGAAAAGGGGCUGUUCAAUUUUUCAUGAAAGAGUAUGACAAGGCCCUGGAGACCUACCAGGAAGGGCUUAAACAUGAUCCUCAGAACCCAGAAUUGCUUGAUGGUGUCAGAAGAUGUGUUGAACAACUUAACAAGACUAGCCGUGGUGAUAUAAGCCCUGAAGAACUGAAAGAGAGACAGGCCAAGGCAAUGCAGGAUCCAGAAAUUCAGAAUAUCCUCUCAGAUCCUAUCAUGAGACAGGUCUUGGUUGACUUCCAAGAAAAUCCCAAGGCAGCUCAGGAACAUAUGAAGAAUCCCAUGGUCAUGAACAAGAUUCAGAAGCUUGUGAAUGCAGGAAUAGUUCAGAUCAGAUAAGAGUUGAAGCCAAAACAACCAAAUUCUAUGAUAAUGCAGUUUAAUCAUUUCACUGAAUUGUAAUCUCCAUUGUGGAUUGUUUCAUAAAAACUAAUUUAAGUUGGAAAAAUUUUGAGGCAUUUGCCUGUUUUUAGUUCACUACCAGACAUUUAUGCUUUC